UGCUGUCUGCUACGAACAAGUGGAACCACAACAGCAGUUGUCGGAAGGCAGUGCGUAAACGAGUGUCUGCAAACUUGGAAAUAAGUUUUCAACAAAAAUAUAUACUGUUUCUAUCAUAAGCCACAAUGUUUGCUGUUAAGUGUCUGUCGAGAUAUUUAAGUCCUCGCCUUCAGUCAUCUCUUACACCUAAGUAUAAACACAAUAUUUCUCGAUUGUCACAAGCUUGGAUUGUUUCGGGAAGCCCAUAUCAACAUAAUGGGUCACUCCACGCAUGUUUUAGCUGCUCUACAAAUUUUGCAGCUGCUGCAAAUGAGGUUUUAGGGAAACCAAUUUCAAGUUUAGCUGAAAGUGUCACAGUUCCCUCAGAACCUGACGUUUUGUACCACAUGAUAGAAGUUGAGAUAAGAAGUUCAGAUCGGGCCGUCCUUGUCAGCUACAACAGAGCUAUUUCUCUGACGGCUGAGAACCUAGGCCUUACUAUAUCACACAAUGAAGUGGGUGCAAAGCCUCAUAUUAGAAGGUGGACGGUGCUUAAAUCACGGCAUGUACACAGGAAGCACGGAGUACAGUAUGAGGUGCGAACUUAUCACCACAAGAUCAAAUUAGAAAGACUUACAGGAUCCACUGCUGAUACUUUCCUGGAAUAUAUUCAAAGAAAUUUACCUGAAGGUGUUUCUAUGAGAGUCUGUCGGGCAAGAAUGGAGAAACUUCCAGACCAUCUUCUUACUCCUCCUUCACCUGUAGAAAAUUAGAUAGUGGUGUGUGAAGAUAAAUUGAGACAAGUACGCAUUUACGAGUCUGAAAUCAAAUAUUUCUUUUUUUCUGUUUAAUAAACCAAAAUGUAAAAUAUA